AUGCUGUGGCUGCUGCUGCUGCAGGUCUGGGCGAGCUGCCUCUGGGAGGGACAGGGUGAGGUGGUGACAUCCUUUGAAAGCUGUCUACAGUUUUUCUACCAGAGUGUCAUCCCAGAUAAUGCCCUGACACCACAGAGACCAGCCAGGAUCUGCCAGACCUUAAACAACCAGCAAUUCUUUGCCACCUUGUACGACAAAGAGAAGCGUAUUCCUGUGUACUCUGCUUACAUCUACGAGCCUGCAAAUUUGACCACAAAACACACAUGGACGGUGGAGCCCCAGCUGAUACGUUCAAACUUGUCCAGAAACAUGAAAACAGUGCGGACCCUCAGAAAUCAAUACCAUGUCACAAUACAGAAGAUCAUUGAUAGCCAGGCUGUCAGGGUAGACUAUUACCGCAGUGGUUGGGACCGUGGCCAUUUGAACCCCAAUGGCCACCACAGCAGCCUGGACAGCAGGAAUGCGACCUUCACCCUCACCAACAUAGUGCCCAUGUACCCAACACUCAACCGAGUCGCCUGGAAAAACUACGAGCAGCAAACGAUGCACAGUAAAAGCCAGGGCUGUCAAACCACCUACGUCAUUGUGGGGGCUGUGCCUGGGAACUCCUCCAUCAGCCGUGACAGGGUGAAUAUACCCAGCCACAUCUGGUCCGGUGCCUGCUGCGAGACCAACAACAACAACAGGAGUGCUUGGGCUGCCAUUGCCCAGAACAACCAGAACCAGGUCGAUAUCAUCACUCUGGGGCAGCUGGAGGUCAAAUUGGCCAACCUGUAUGGAGUGCAAAAUGUUUCCCUCUUUCACGUGGACUGUCCCCGUAUAUAA